AACCCUUCCAGCUCUCACCUAGAGUUACUAUCGUGCGGACCCAUGACUAACCCUGCCAGGAAAUCCUUUCAGGUCUGGUAACCCACUCUUUGACCCAGGCCCAGGCAAUACCCAGUGAAUAACCGCUGGCGCCCCAAGCCCACUCACACCGACGUCAGGAAGCCGUUCCCGAGAAAGGCGCGACGUGCGGGGGUGGGGGGAUGUCUUCCCGGCCCCACCCUUGAAAGUUGCAGGGAGUGGCACCCAAAGAACUUUCCCAGAUUGUUCUCUGUCACCGCUCAGGGAGGUCCGCUCCAGCCCCGCUGAGCCAAUCUGCCCCGCCUGCCAAGCCCCUCCUUCCCUGCACCUUUAAUGGUUGGGAGCAGAGAGCCGCGGCUGGGGUUCACUUCUCAAGAAGUCGCACCGGUUUUUCGAGCUCCGCUCUGCGCCUGGAGAGCCACAGCAGCGGGAGCGGGCGCCGCCGGACCUAUCAUCCUCUGCCCUUCCCACCCUUCACAGAAAGGAUCUGCUACAAGACUGAAUGUGUUCACUGCUUCGAGGACCAGGGACCACGGUGGGAUUUGCUGUGCUGCCAUCUGCAAACUGUAGGUUGGGUGUUUCCUGGUGCUAGAUCAUAAGUGUGAUUUGCAUCUGCUGAAGGUGGGAUAGUAACAUCUUUGGGGGAAAGAAAAUUGGCUUCCUUUCCUGAAAGCGGUGAAUGUACAGCAGAUGGUUGCCCAGCAGGAAUAGUAGUCCGAUGGAGACCCUCUAUGUUUUGUACUAGGAAACAGAAUCAGUUGUAAGAGUCCAUGUUGAUCUUGGCAGUAGAAUGAUUAAAAAAAGUUGAGUUUCCACAAAGAACAAGAACUUUACCAUCUCCUUUUUGAUCUGAAGACCGGAGGACAAUGGAUAUCAUAGAGACAGCAAAACUUGAGGAACAUAUGGAAAACCAAACCAACGAUCCUGCAAACACUUACACAAGACCUGCUGAACCUGUUGAAGAAGAGAACAAAAAUGGCAAUGGUAAACCUAAGAGUUUAUCCAAUGGGUUGCGAAAGGGCACCAAAAAGUACCCGGACUAUAUCCAAAUUGCUAUGCCCACGGAAUCGAGGAACAAAUUUCCCCUAGAGUGGUGGAAAACGGGCAUUGCCUUCGUGUACGCUCUUUUCAACCUUGUCCUGACAACCGUCAUGAUCACGGUUGUGCAUGAGAGGGUCCCUCCCAAGGAGCUCAGCCCUCCACUCCCAGACAAGUUUUUUGAUUACAUAGAUCGGGUGAAAUGGGCAUUUUCUGUAUCAGAAAUAAAUGGAAUUAUAUUAGUUGGAUUAUGGAUCACCCAGUGGCUAUUUCUGAGAUACAAGUCAAUAGUAGGGCGCAGAUUCUUUUUUAUCAUUGGAACUUUGUACCUGUAUCGCUGUAUCACGAUGUACGUUACUACUCUCCCUGUGCCUGGAAUGCAUUUCCAGUGUGCUCCAAAGCUCAACGGAGACUCUCAGGCAAAAGUACAACGGAUUCUACGGUUGAUUUCUGGUGGCGGAUUGUCCAUAACUGGGUCGCACAUCCUGUGUGGAGACUUCCUCUUCAGCGGUCACACAGUUGUGCUGACACUUACUUAUUUGUUCAUCAAAGAAUAUUCGCCUCGUCACUUCUGGUGGUAUCAUUUAAUCUGCUGGCUGCUGAGUGCUGCUGGAAUCAUCUGCAUUCUUGUAGCACACGAACACUAUACUGUCGAUGUGAUCGUUGCUUAUUAUAUCACAACACGGCUCUUUUGGUGGUACCAUUCCAUGGCCAAUGAAAAGAACUUGAAGGUCUCUUCACAGACUAAUUUCUUGUCUCGAGCAUGGUGGUUCCCCAUCUUUUAUUUUUUUGAGAAAAACGUACAAGGCUCAAUUCCUUGCUGCUUCUCCUGGCCACUGUCCUGGCCUCCUGGCUGCUUUAAAUCGUCUUGCAAGAAGUAUUCCCGGGUUCAGAAGAGUGGUGAAGAUAAUGAAAAAUCUACCUGAGGAGCAAAACAAAGGCAUCAGCUCUUAGACCAAAAGAGUUAUCGCUGUAACCAAAGGUAUAGUUUUGUUUUUGUUUUUAUUUUAGGAGAACUGAUUGCUAAAUGAAGCAGACCAAAUUUUGUGCAAAUGAUUAGAAAGAUGAACGAAGUAUUACCCUUUGACUGGUUUUUUAUUCAUCCUGAGAAAGUUAUAUUCUCCUGCAGCUCUUCAUUCAUUGGUCACAAGCCCGCAAACUGGGAUUUUACUAAUGAGCUUGUUAAAGAGGUGCCAGAGAACAUACUACUCCUUCCCUCAUUCUUUCUCCACUAAAGCUCUCUACUUCAGAGUGAUGUUUUCAGGAAUCUUUUUCCCGCCAAGGUCAAAAGAACUUGUUAAUGUUUUAAAUAAAAGUCUGAUAUAUAUGGCCACUGUGUAAAUAGAAUCACCUAACGUUGAGAGUGAUUUUUAGCAUUAGGUUUAUCAGCGAGGGGGAGAUCCAUGGGUUGUGAGUGAACUUUGGGUGAACUUUGUUUCUGCUCUGUCAAGGGGAAGGUCAGGGUCAGGUCUGGGAAUAUGCACUGCUGCUACCACCCAAUGUACUAUAUCACUUUCACUUUUUAAAAAACCUGAUGAUUUUAUAACUUAAAA